AAGCUCCCAAUUUCCUCCAAAACCUGAAGUUUCGAUUUCUCCAAAGAUCUUCUCAGCUUCUCCGCUCUCUCUAUCGCUUUCUACAGAACAGCAACAUCAGACCGUCCGCCGCCCUCUUCCUUCGUUCUCUUCGAUUCAAGGGUUAUCUGAAAUCUCGCCGUCUGGGUAUUGCAGAAUUCGCAGCGUUAGUUGCAUAUCCUCAUCUCCAUCUGGGGUUUCGAAGAUGGAUUCUUCAGCCACAAUCGGCACUUGCAACGUUUUCUCAGUCCGCCUCUCGCCAGUAAGCAAUCGAACUUCUACAACCAGAAUCAGUUUCGGUCAUGGGUUCCGAUCGCACCGUUGUGGGUUCGCCCCAAAAAUGACGGUCGCCGUCCCCAAUGGCUCUGUUUCUUCCUCCGGUUCCCAGGGCGAAGAUUCGAGGUUAGUGAAGAAUGCUCACAAGCGCAGAAGCAGUUUGGAGUCUCUAUUCUGCUACGACAAGCCCAUACCAGAGGAGAGAAUAGAGACGCCCGUCGGCGUGGCUUUAGCGGAGAAGGCAAUCGGAGAGAAUCUCAGAUGUGCUGAUUGUGAAGCCAAAGGUGCCGUCCUGUGUAGCACCUGCUCGGGCUCCGGCUUAUAUGUGGACUCCAUUAUGGAGAGCCAAGGGAUCAUAGUUAAAGUCCGCUGCCUUGGUUGUGGUGGAACAGGCAACAUCAUGUGCUCGGAGUGUGGCGGGCGAGGUCACCUUGGAUGCAAAUGAUCUUAGGUGGUUUGUUGUGCUUGCUUUUUGUGUUUGUAAACAAAGAAUUUCGCUGUAUUGUGACCUUCAUUGUAUCAAAUGGUUUUGAGUUUCUUCCACCAACAACAAAUAAAAGAAAAGUAGUUCGAGUUUCAAUUCGAUUUGUAGUUAUCAUUGUUAAAAAUCUCAAAUUGUUUCAUGAGAUUAUGAGAAUAUAAAGUUGC